GCACCGGACCUCGGGCUCGAAGGUUCGAUACAUGCUCCCUGCAGUUUCAUUACAAUAUAUUCGAUUUUUUUUACCUGAAGACAAUUAAGUUGAUAUUUUUUAGAAGUUUAAACGGUCAUGUUAGCUAGCUGACGUUAGCAGGCUUGGAGAAGCUGAGUUAAACGUUCAGACUCCUAUCGGUGGAUUCAUUGCUAAAUAUACAAAUAAACACAUUUUUUUCCAGUCUCUAAAAGACUACAAUUUGUGUUUUGGGCGGUGCUUCGUCACAUAGUUUUAUAACUAACCCGAGACUAGAGCCUGUCUUCCAAGAGGAGCAAAUCAUAGUAGGCAGAGCAAGCAAGGUGGGCAGAGCCAAGCAUGAGCUGGAGCUUCAUGCCCAUCUCAAUGGCUCUGUCAGCUUUUCAACCAUCGAGAAACUCAUGGCUCGAAAGCCACAUCUCAACAUCCAACACGGCAUGACUGCUAUUCGCAGUGGUCAGCGGAGGACACUGGAUGAGUGUUUCCAGGUCUUCAAAGUCAUCCAUCAGUUAGUAGAUACAGAGGAGGACAUUCUUAUGGUUGCCAAAGAUGUCAUCAGGGAGUUUGCAGCUGAUGGAGUAAAAUAUCUAGAACUGAGAAGUACCCCACGAAAGGAGAAGACCACAGGAAUGACAAAGAGAAGGUAUGUGGAAACGGUCAUCGAGGCCAUCCGUCAAUGUAAAAAUGAGGGAGUUGACAUUGAAGUCAGGUUCCUGGUAGCUGUUGACCGUAGGAAUGGGGCUGAGGUUGCUAUGGAGACCGUUAAACUGGCAGAGGACUUCAUGCUGUCUACCGAUGGUCUGGUGGUGGGGCUGGAUCUCAGUGGAGAUCCUACGGUGGGCCAUGGCAGAGAUCUCCUUCCCGCCUUGCAAAAAGCCAAGAACUGUGGACUAAAACUCUCUCUACACCUGUCAGAGGUGCCAUCUCAGGCAGACGAAUCAGAGCUGCUGCUAAACAUUCCACCUGACAGGAUUGGUCAUGGAACUUUCUUACACCCUGAAGUGGGUGGGUCACAAAGCCUGGUUGAUAAAGUGCGGAAGCAUAACACACCUCUGGAACUAUGCCUAACCUCUAAUGUCAAAGGUCAGACAGUGUCAUCCUAUUCUCAACAUCACUUCCUGUACUGGUACCAAAUGGGACACCCUUGUGUGAUCUGUACAGACGACAAGGGGGUGUUCUGCAAAGACCUGUCUCAGGAGUACCAGUUGGCCGCCUCUACCUUCAACCUCAGUCAGGAGGACAUGUGGACUCUGUCCCAGAAGGCGAUAGACUGCACCUUCGCCCCAGACCUACAGCAGCAGCUACGCCAGAAGUGGCUGGAGCUACGGCCAACGCUGUUCCAGUUAUGACAGACAGAACGCACUGCUUGACAUCUAUGGGAUCAGAAUCACCAAUCUUGACCAUUUGAGUAGUAAUGAGAUGUAGAUUAGUGAUUCCGGCAGAGCCUUUUUUUUUUUAUUUAUUUUUUUAAAAACAUGUGCUUCUCAGAAUAGCUGAAGAAUGAGGGACCAUGAGUCAUUUACAAUUAGUAAAGUAGUUCAUCAAUAAAACAUACAUCAUGCUG